AUGAUUUAUAAAUUAAUUGGAAUUUCAGGUUAUCUUAUUUAUCUGAUCUACUUUACCAAGUUUUUGGAGUAUAUCUGGCCAAAUGAGAUACAAAAUAAAAAUGCAUUCUUUAUUGUGGUCAUGGUAGUCGUUCAAAAUGUAAUUUAAGUUCUCGUUUGUGCAUAUUAUUAGAUAUUUUAUUCGCUGAAUCAUCCAUUCUUUGAAUAAUAUAAACUAGUUUAGAAACCAUGGCCUUGGGAAAAGAACAAAGAAGAAUGGAAAAAAAUGAAAAUAAAAACCUUAAAAUCAAUUAUCUUAAAUUAAUCCCUGGCUGCUUUGCUUGUUACAGUGAUACCGCCAUUUCAAUGUAGAAUGGAUACUCUCAGUUUUCCAAGCUACUUAGAAAUUAUGAAACACGUCAUUAUUUGUCAUCUUAGCGAGGAUUUCAUAUUUUAUUGGAGUCAUAGAAUUUUACAUUUACCAAAGUUGUAUCCAAAGAUUCAUAAAGUGCAUCAUUAAUACAAUGUUUCAAUUGCCAUUGCGACUGAAUAUGCUCAUCCUAUAGAAUUUAUAUCUAGUAACAUAAUUCCAAUUUUCUCUGGUCCUUACCUAUUAGGCGAUCGAAUUCAUUGUAUAACAAUUCUAAUUUAUGUUGGAUUGCAUUUGUCAAAAGCCAUACACCAACAUUGUGGGUAUGUUUUCCCUUGGGAACUCUAUAAUUAUUUGCCCUUUGCUACGAAUUCGAUCCAUCAUGGAUUGCAUCAUAGUGAAAACAAUGGUAAUUAUGGAUCACAAUUCGUUCUGUUUGAUAAGUUGUUUGGCACUUGCAUCGAGUAUAAGGUAAAGUGA